AUGCCGUUCUUUGUCGUUAUGUGCGAGUUUUUCAACGGUGUCCUGCAGCCGAAGGAGCUCAUGCCUGCUGUGUGGCGCUACACGAUGUAUUACAUUGGGCCGUUCACCUACUGGAUCUCAGGGAUUGUGGCAAUGAUUCUCGGCAGGGUCUCUGUCAGAUGCCUUGACUCAGAGUUGAUCCGCUUUGAAGCGCCUCCCAACACAACAUGCGGCGAGUAUGCCAAUGACUGGCUUUCGGGCAGUAAAGGGUACUUGGAAAACCCUUCAGCUUUUGGCGAUUGUGGCUACUGCCAGUACGCCGCCGGUGAGGACUAUUUAGAUUCUAUCAGUCUUGACAAGGCUGUUGGUUGGCCUUAUCUGGGCAUCUUUGCUCUCUUUACGGUUACCAACUAUGCCUUGUUUGGACACAACUGGUUCAGCAUUGUCACCUUGCACUUCAAAUCACAGCGCCACACAAUGGAGAAGACACACAUCCUCGAUCAAGCGGAGAUUGGGUUCUCAGUUAAUCGUCCAACUGCCCUCUACACCAUCUUUGGGGGUCUCUUCUUGAUCGUUUUGCACGCAAUCUACCGGUCACUUCUUCCAAGGCCGUUUCCAGGAAUUCCUUACAACAAAUCUGCCGUCAAGAGUCUUUUCGGCGAUGGACCGGAAUUGACAAAGUUCUUCCUCGAAACUGGCGAGGUCGGUCUCUGGCUUUCGCGCCAGAUCAAGAAGCACAACAGCCCUAUUUUCCAGGCCUUCGUCCGACCUUUUAGCAAACCAUGGGUUGUCAUUGCAGAUUUCCAGGAGUCACAAGACAUAUGCCUCCGCCGAGCCAGGGAAUUUGACCGUUCCCCGUACUGGGCUGACAUCUUCGCUGGACUGGCGCCUCUCGGACACAUCCACUUUCCUUCUAACAGUGUAUGGAAGGGACAUCGGCGCCUGCUUCAGGAUCUCAUGCUUCCUGCGUUUCUGAAAAACGUGGCCGCCCCAGCAAUUUACUCGAACGCUCUGGAUUUGCUCCAUCUCUGGCAAAACAAAUGUGACAUUGCCAACGGGCGGCCGUUUGACGCGGAAAAGGACAUCUUCUACGCUGCGCUUGACGCGGUCACCAGCUUCUCUUUCGGCGCAUCAUUUGACCAUAAAGCUACUGCUCCACAGCUAAGGGAGCUCAAAGCCCGGCGGAAGAGCAUCACCAUGCUUCAAGAGUCGAUUACCAGCAGGGAUGCGGAGAUAAAAUUCCCAAAAGCCCACAUCGGCGACGAGCUCCAGGCCGUUCUUACCUCCACAGAGGCGGUUGAGGGACAGAACUCGACAUUAUUCCCUAGGAUCAAAUGGUGGCGAAGAGAGACGUUCGAACCGGGCCUCCGGAACGCAUGUAACAUCAAGAGAGAGCUCUGCCGAAAAGAGAUCUUCAAAGCCGUCACUCAACUCGAGAAACAUGGUGACGAUGAGAAUUGGGCCCGCUCUGCCAUAGAUCUCAUGGUCCGCCGGGAAAAGUUGACCGCUGCCAAGGAAGGCCGCGAACCCCAGUACUACACCGACCACAUGAUUGACGAGGUUUUUGUACUCAUAGUUGCCGGGCACGAUACCACGAGCACGACUAUCGUCUGGGGCAUCAAAUUCCUGGCCGACCACCAAGACGCCCAAAGGAAGCUACGCGCUGCCCUCCAAGUCGCCCAUCCCGAUGCCUUCGCCGAGAAAAGAAACCCAACUACUGCCGAGAUCAUGAGGCCCAACGUGUCCCCUUACCUUGACGCAACUAUUGAGGAAAUAGUUCGCCUCAGCGGCACAUCGGACGGCAUCCAGAGGGUUGCCACGGUGGACACGGAGAUCCUCGGCCACCCCAUCCCAAAAGGCACCGAGCUUUGGCUGCUUGGCAUGGGACCCAGCAUGCUCGAGCCGGCUUUCAAGAUAGAUGAUAAACUACGCAGUGAAAGCUCCCAAAAGGUCGGCGUUGAGGGCCGGGUUCGCGCCUGGGAUGAGACUUCCGACAUGGCUGCUUUCACGCCCGAACGCUGGAUCCAGGAUGAGAACGGGAAGCCCACAUUCGAUGCUCUCUCUGGGCCAUCGCUGACCUUUGGCUUGGGUACGCGUGGCUGCUACGGGAGAAAGCUGGCGUAUGUGGAGAUGCGACUCAUCUUCACGCUCAUCAUUUGGAACUUUGAGCUUUUGCCUUGUCCGCCGGAGCUCUCGGGAUAUGAGGCGAUUACUGGUGUUACCCGAAAGCCGCAGAAAGCCUAUGCCCGUCUCCAGAAGGUCAUUCUUUAG